UUGCAUUGUUUGAAUCGAGAGGGGCGGUGCGCUUUGGCAGGAGAAGAUUCUAGAACAGGAGCAGUUAGACACGGAGGCAGCCAAUGUCAGUUGGGAGCUUUCAGGCCAGACCACUGUGAAGGGAGCCGUGGUCAGACGUUGCGAGCGAAGGACUGAUAGAGAUGAAGGCUCUUGCACUUCUGCUCCUGUUUGGCUGCCUAAUCGUGGCCAACGAAGCCAAAGUGUUUAGCCGAUGUGAACUAGCCUACAAGCUACAAGAAGCUGGAAUGGAUGGGUAUGAGGGGUACAGCCUUGCCAACUGGAUCUGCAUGGCGUUCUUUGAGAGUGGAUUCAACACAGCAGCAGAGGAUGACAAUGCAGAUGGCAGCACCGACUACGGCAUCUUCCAGAUCAACAGCCGCGUGUGGUGCAACAAUCACCGAAGCCCCACUGAGAACCUCUGCUACAUGCCUUGCACUGAUUUGUUGUCAAGUGACAUAACUGAUGACAUCAUCUGUGCCAAAAGAAUUGUGAAAGACCCAAAAGGAAUGGAUGCCUGGGAGGACUGGACAAUGCAUUGCAAGGGGCGAGAACUGUCUGAGUGGGUGGAUGGAUGCGACCUGUGAAAAAGGCAUCAGCCUGGCUCUGCUAUGACUAAUCAGGGCUGUCUGUUUUCCUGAAAGAGGAAUGUCUGUCUUUCUGUGAAUCAUUUCUGGCGGUUCAUAUUUACAAACAAAAUCCACUUUACAAACCAGAAAUUAAAAAAAA